UUUUGAGUGGCGUUGGGCGGGUUUUCUUGUGAAAACCUGGCAACUCUGCUUCUACCCAGGCACACUACAUAGCGGACUGUUCGAGUUAUUUUCAGCAGAUUUAGGACGGCUUCAUUGAAUUGUAAUGCUCGGAGCAGAGCGAUAUACUCUGUCUGAACUAGCGAAGAUGACGGCCGCGAGUCAAGCGGAGAGGACUGUGCUGGAGGAGGAAUUUAAUUGGCUGCUGAAAGAAGAGGUGCAUGCGGUGCUGAAACAGCUGCAAGACAUUUUGAAGGAGGCAUCAAGGCGUUUUUCAAUGCCGUCACCAGGUCUGGAAGGACAGCUGAAACAAGAGAACUUCAUUCUGGGCAGCUCAACGAUGGACCAGGUGAAAGGUGUUUUGACGCUACAAGGAGAAGCUCUAACUCAGGCUGAUAUUAACAUUAAAGUUGCUAAAAGCAGUCAAGUAAUGCAUUUUGCAUUCCGAGAUGAUAAACAGUGGAAAUUGCAGCAGAUUCAGGAUGCCCGAAACCAUGUGAAUCAGGCCCUGCAGUUACUAAGCAGCCAUGACCAGAGUUAUCACUUCAAAACUGGAGCUGAAGUCAAUAAGCUUAUGGAUGCAGUAAUGCUUCAGUUGACCCGAGCCCGAAACAGACUCACAACCCCGGCCAGCAUGACUCUUCCUGAGCUCGCAGCCAGUGGCCUAAUGAAAAUGUUCACACCUCCAAUGCCUGGUGACGUGACGGUGAACUUCUAUAUCAAUCUCAGUAAACUGUGUUUGACGGUGUAUCAACUACAUGUCCUGCAGCCUAACACUACUAAGAACUUCAAAUCAGCAUAA